UCGUCCCCUCCUGUCUUCCCCUCCUCUCCCAGGGGCCAUGUUGCACACUUAGGGGAUGAUGAGGAUGAGGAUGAUGAUGGUGCAGAUGAUGAUGAAACUCACACUCACAAAUCAAGCACUAUCAAGAGGCCAAAGGAGCCACCCCCACUCCCUCCGAAGCCUAAGUCUCUCAGCUCCUCCCAGCACCAGCCUCAACACAAAAACGAUGACGGCCAAUCGCACAACAAUGACGACGACACCGGAGGGGGAACCAUCAAGCGGUGCCCGGCCACAGAGACGCCGAGCCCCGCCAAGGCGUCCACCAGCGUCCCCCCGCGGCCCCCGCCCCCGAAGCUGCCACCCCACCGCCGCAGCAGCCUAGGUAACGACAGCCCGCAGCGCAAAGACGUGGAAAGCUCUGCCCCAGAGGAUGAUGAUGAUGGGAGCUUUAGGCAUUUCUGGGAGUGGCUCCACACGCCUCACACAGAGGAGGAGCUGGAGGAGGCGUGGGAGGUGCUGAAGGAGGUGAAGGAGGAACAGGAAAAGGAAGAGAGUAAUGGGCUGAACUCUCCCCAUAACGGUGAGAGGGAAAGUCCUGGAGAGAGGCAAUCUACCAUGCCCCCUAGCGUCCCCAUACGGAAAGACAAGAAGGAUGUUCCCAAGCCUAUCAGUAACGGUCUUCCUCCAACACCUAAAGUCCAUAUGGGCGCCUGUUUCUCCAAGGUGUUCAAUGGCUGUCCGUUGAAGAUCCAUUGUGCCACGUCAUGGAUCAACCCCGACACCAGAGAUCAGUAUUUGAUAUUCGGAGCUGAGGAGGGAAUCUACACGUUAAACCUUAAUGAGCUUCAUGAGACAACGAUGGAGCAGCUCUUCCCUCGGAGGUGUACGUGGUUGUAUGUCAUGAACAAUUGUCUUCUUUCUAUAUCUGGAAAAGCCUCCCAGCUGUACUCCCACAGUCUGUCCGGACUCUUUGAACAGGCCAGACAGCUGCAGAAGCUACCAGUAGCCAUUCCCACACACAAACUCCCUGAUAAGAUUAUCCCAAGGAAGUUUGCCGUUUCCAAUAAGAUUCCAGACACUAAAGGAUGCCAAAAGUGUUGUGUGGUCCGCAACCCGUACACCGGCCAUAAAUACCUGUGUGGAGCCUUCCAGUCCAGUGUCAUGCUGCUGGAGUGGGUGGAGUCCAUGCAGAAGUUCAUGCUCAUCAAGAACAUCGAUUUCCCGUUGCCAUGUCCGUUGGAAGUCUUUGAGAUGUUGGUGGUCCCGGAGCACAUGUACCCUCUGAUCUGCGUGGCGGUCAGCAAAGGAACUGAACUCAACCAGGUGGUCCGGUUCGGCACCGUCAACCCCAAUGCUACCUCCUCCUGGUUCACAGAAGCAGACAUGCCACAGACAUGCGUGAUCCACGUCACGCAGCUGGAGCGAGACACUAUUCUGGUCUGCCUAGACAGAUGUAUAAAGAUAGUGAACCUCCAGGGCCGGCUAAAAUCCAGCCGGAAGUUGUCCGCUGAACUCACCUUCAACUUCCAGAUCGAAGCUAUAGUUUGUCUUCAGGACAGUGUUCUGGCCUUCUGGAGACAUGGCAUGCAAGGUCGAAGUUUCAAGACUAAUGAGAUCACGCAAGAGAUCUGUGACAACACACGCAUCUUCAGACUACUGGGAUCCGACAGACGAGCUGAUGGUAGAGACCCAGACUCUGAGGACAGAGGCCGCUCUCUGCCCAGGGUGGUGGUGUUGGAGAGCCGGCCGACGGACAACCCCACAGCCCACAGCAACCUCUACAUCCUGGCGGGCCACGAGAACAGCUACUGAGUCCCCACCCCGCCCUCGCACCAUCGCCGCAGCGCCGUCUAAACACCCGACCGCUACCGCAGACAAGGGAGCAACGAAACGAGCCGGUAGUCGCUUUCAUCCCAGCACCGCAGCUUAACCCCCUCGCCCGCCUGCUUGGUAACGUGACCGGGAGACUAGGAGAAUUUGUGAAUGCAGAUGUUUGCACCCUUUUAAAACUGCAUCAGUGUGUGUGUGUGUAUGUGAAAGGUGUUAGUUAGUUCGGGGAGAGGACGGGAAGGGACUUCUCUUGGAUUUGUUUAUGUCAAAGCAAAGAGUCUAAACACUCGGCGUGAAGACGCAGCUUCCAACCUUUCCCUGCAAGACUGCACAUGGAGUAUAGAAACAUCCAGAAAACACACCAAUGCUACACUAGUUCUACUUGUAAUACUACUGCUGUUUGUGCCGAAGCUUCAUAGAAGGGCCAUUAUGCCCCAGAAAUUCA